AUGUUCAGCUCAGCAAACUGUCAGCUGCAGAAGUUCUCUGAUGACUCUGCCAUCAUCAGUUUGAUCACAGAUGAUGAUGACAGGGAGUACAGAGGACCGAUCCAGAACUUUGUGGACUGGUGCCAGUGGAGCUGCCUCCAGUUAAAUGUGGGGAAAACCAAAGAAAUGGUGGUGGAUUUCUACGACACCACAGUGGUAGGCCUGAUUGAAGGUAACGACGAGACGGCUUACAGGGAGGAGAUCCAGCACCUAGUAGCAUGGUGUGAUGACAAUAACCUGGAACUUAACACCAAAAAGACCAAGGAGGUCAUUGUGGAUUUCAGACGUGCUGGCAAUCACACUCAUCCUCCAAUUCACAUCAACAGAACUGCUGCUGAGCGUGUACCCAGCUUCAAGUUCCUUGGAAUACACAUCGCUGAGGACCUCUCCUGGUCUCUGAACUCUUCCAUCCUGAUCAGAAAGGCACAACAGUGCCUAUAUUUUCUGAGGAGACUUAAAAAGUCCCGUCUGUGCUACAGGAUACUGGAGAACUUUUACCGCUGUACCAUUGAGAGUAUCCUCACAAACUGCAUCUCAGUGUGGUACAGCAGCUGCACAGCUUCAGGCCGUAAAGCCCUUCAGAGGGUGGUGAAAACUGCCCAACAAAUCAUCGGAAGCCAUGUUUAUAGGCAUUGCACAGAAUUUGUCAGCACAACCUGUGUGCCUUGUGUUGACUCUUUCACUUCUGAGCCAACUGAUCUUCUACAAUGCUUUAGCUGUGCAGUGUGUGAUUCUGGGCAAGGCUUACAAGUAAAAACAGCCUGCACAAGAAUUUCAGAUACAGUUUGUGAGCCACUAGAGGGAUUGUACUGUACUAAUUAUGAGAAGGGUAGUUGUACACAGGCUGUGGAACACACACAAUGUAGCCCUGGACAAUAUAUAAAGCAGAAAGGAACAGCACGUGAAGAUGCCGAAUGUGCUGAAUGUAAAAAUGGUACCUACUCUGAUGGCUCACUUGAAAUGUGCAAACUACAUACAAAGUGUGAAGAUUUAGGACUUGAAGCAAUUAAACCAGGAACAAUGAUAUCUGAUGUUGAGUGUGGAAAUAAAAUCAAUUUAGUGGCCCUUAUAGUUGGAAUCAUAGUUUUCAUUGCAGUUGUGGCUGUUGUAGUAGUUCUUUUUGUCAAAAUUAGACAUGAGUUUAGCCGACGUUCAGAUUGGAAUGCUGAGAAGGAACGAGGUACAAAAACUGAACUUAACUUACAGAACAGAAGAUCAGGACACGAGGUGAACAUGCUGUCCUCUCUGGGGAUCUAGACAUCAGUCAUAAUAAAGGAAGAAAAAUGCAAUGCAAAGCCUUCUUUUAGGGACUGGAAUGACUUGGUGAAUGGCUGCAUUACUGCUGGACAUCACUGCAUUCAUCUGUAACUGGUGUCUGAUCAGAAGAGUCACUUCCUUGUCUGAAGACCCGCCUCUUCAAUAAUCACGAUGAACCCAAUACUAAUUUCUCUCUAUGAGGGUUUUAGCUUGAUGGAGGACUUAUUAUUGUAGUGAGACAAUGAGAACACUCUGAAUUCUUGACUUGUUUGUAUUUGGAGGAAUUUCACAGAGACAAAAUUUUAUAUUGUACUUAACUCUAGGACAUAGGCUGCUGGAGAAAACAGGAAAAAUAGUGCUUUGAAAUUCUGCUUGCUAUCAAAAUUUCACAAGAAGUUAUUCAAAAGGGAUAAUUGUGCAUGUGCAUAUAUUUAUUUUUAUUUGUUAACUUACAGAGAAAAAAGUUGACAGCCACUCAAACACAUUUUUGCUAUUCAUAGCUGUUAAGAGGAACUGUGACGGUCAAGGCAAGAUCCGGAAGCCAGUCUGAGACAGACCUUCGUACUAAUACUCUGACCAAAAAAGGCAAAAAACAAACAAACCAAAAAAUCCUGCUUCCUUCUAUUGUGUUGCACAAAUACAGCAUGAUCUACAUGCAGGAUUAAUAAUAAAAAGUCUUAUAAGUCAAAUGUAUUUUGGAAAUUGUUCUGUAGACUCGCUAAGUAAAAAUACUUUGCCCGAAAUCACCAAAAGUAUUUUAGCCAUUUGCAGCGUCCACUCCUUUAAAUGAGAAAAAACUGAAGGAGGCGCCGUUAAUGUUUACGAAACAGAAAGCCCACGACACUGCUGAACAGACGGACUUUAUGUUACUAAACGACAGCUUUUUAAAAACAAAUUACAAGAAACACGACGUCAGUAGCAGCUUUUCUUCAUUAAUUUCUAAGGAGACGACAAAACUAUUCUUCUCCGAAGAGUUUUUUUUUUCCUCAAAUUCUAACUCUGAAUGCUUGUCAAAAAUCCAGAAAUUCUAAAGCAGCUGUAAAAUGAUCCAUAAGCAGCAUCAACAAAUCUCUGCAGAACUGAAAUUUCUAAAUAAACCAGAAUAUGUCUGCCUUCAUUAAGAAACAGAAACGACUGCAGAAAUGGCCAUGAGGUCUGGGGAGGAAACGUUCAUUUCUUCUUUUUGAGAAGUCUCAUCAGCACUUUCAUGAU